CAUCUUGUAUGCGGUAAAGGGAAAAAAAAAACAAACAAACUAUUUUUACAUUUAGAGUCUCACCCACUGUCUUUAAUCUGCAACUAGAAGGAAGUUAUGGAAAAGUCAACUAAUGCAUACCGACCAAUUGAUGUCCUUUAUGAUCCGAUUGAAAGCUACCCCAUAAUCAAUUCAUGAUAUUCAACUCUUUUUAUGUUUGAAUCACAAAAAUGUCAAAAGCUAGUUUUGCCUUCACAAGUACAGUAAAGUCGAAUCCAGCUUCCUUCUCGAAAAGGGUAGUUUUAUAAUUAAUUAGAAAUGGAUUUUCAUUGAUGGGUAGUGGGAAGAAUGUUGAGAAGCUGGAAAGGAAGAAAACCCUUUAUUGUAUAUGAAGUUUAAGAACAUGUUUUGUAGCUGAAGUCAACUUUGUAGCCCUUUGUUUCUCUACCAAUUUGGUGCAAUGAAAGGUGUUUUUGUUCUUAAUCUUAUGUUCAGCUUCUUGUUGCUUCUUUAUCCUUCUACUUCUUUUCCUUUCUGUACAAAUUCAGAGGCACCUUUCACCUUGAAGACUGCUUUGAAAUUUUGUUCCUACAAUGGAAGUAGCUGCUGCAAUUCCACUGUUGAUUCACAAUUACAGAAGCAAUUUCAAGAUAUGAAUAUCUCGGAUCCAAGCUGUGCUUCAGUUCUUCAAUCAGUCCUCUGUGCUAGAUGCGAUCCAUUUUCAGCGCAGUUGUUCGCAAUUGAUACCGAGCCUCGUACGGUGCCUCUCCUUUGCAACUCUACUGUUUCAACAAAUUCAUCUCAGUCUAACCAAGCAACAAAUGAUUUCUGCUCUAAUGUAUGGGAUACAUGUCAAAAUGUAUCUAUGUUGAAUUCCCCGUUUGCACCUUCCUUGCAAGGGCAAGCCGGAGCACCUGCCAAUUCGAAUUUCACCAAAUUGAUUGAUCUUUGGCAGUCCAAAACUGAUUUCUGUAAUGCCUUUGGUGGAGCAUCUACUGAUGAAUCAGUUUGCUAUGAUGGUGAACCUGUUAGAUUAAAUGAGACGCGAACUCCUAGUGCUCCAAAUGGUUUGUGCCUUGAGAAAAUUGGUAAUGGAAGUUACUUGGAUAUGGCUGCUCACCCCGAUGGAUCGAACCGUGCAUUCUUCUCCAAUCAACAAGGAAAGAUUUGGUUGGCGACUAUUCCGAAGGUUGGAUCAGGAGGAACGUUGGAGCUUGAUGAGUCCAAUCCCUUCAUAGACCUUACUGAUGAAGUUCAUUUUGAUACUGCAUUUGGGAUGAUGGGGAUUGCUUUUCAUCCUAACUUCACGCAGAACGGCCGAUUCUUUGCUUCAUUUAAUUGUAACAAGGGUAAAUCGCCAGGAUGUACCGGAAGAUGUUCCUGUAACUCGGAUGUGAACUGUGAUCCUUCAAAACUAGGUACAGACAAUGGUGCUCAACCAUGUCAGUAUCAAAGUGUUGUUGCAGAGUAUACCAGCAAUGGUUCCGCGACGCAGUCUUCCUCGGCAGAAAAUGCUAGGCCAUCAGAAGUGAGAAGGAUAUUCACUAUGGGACUUCCUUUUACUUCACAACAUGGUGGACAGAUUCUUUUUGGACCUACAGAUGGGUAUCUAUACUUUAUGAUGGGGGAUGGUGGUGGUGACGGUGAUCCAUACAACUUUGCUCAAAACAAGAAAUCAGUGCUUGGCAAAAUCAUGAGGCUUGAUGUAGAUAAUAUACCGAGUGCAGCAGAGAUUAAUAGACUUGGUCUAUGGGGAAACUACUCUAUCCCCAAAGACAAUCCAUAUAGCGAAGACGAAAACUUGCUGCCUGAAAUAUGGGCUUUCGGGUUCAGAAAUCCUUGGCGCUGCAGUUUCGAUUCAGAGCGGCCUUCUUAUUUUAUGUGUGGUGACGUUGGCGAGGAUCUGUACGAAGAGGUUGACAUCAUCAGCAAAGGCGGAAACUACGGUUGGCGUGUUUACGAGGGUCCAUAUCGUUUUAAUCCAACAUCAUCACCUGGAGGGAACACAUCUGCAAAUUCCAUUAACCCCAUUUUCCCGGUUAUGGGAUACAAUCACUCCGAAGUAAACAAGAAAAUAGGAUCAGCCUCAAUUAUAGGAGGCUACUUUUACCGGUCCAACAUUGAUCCUUGUAUGUAUGGAAGGUACCUGUAUGCAGACUUGUAUUCAGGUGCAAUAUGGGCAGCAACUGAAGACCCGGAAAACAGUGGCAACUUUUCAACGAGCACAAUUCGUUUUGGUUGUGCAAGAGACUCUCCUUUACAAUGCAGCAGUGUGCCAGGAAGUGACCUUCCAGCAUUGGGUUAUAUUUUCUCAUUUGGUCAGGACAAUAGCAAAGACAUCUACUUGUUAACCAGCAGUGGAGUUUAUCGAGUUGUGCCGCCGAGCCGCUGCAAUUACACAUGCUCGAGGGAAAACGCUACCGCUGUCGAAGCACCGAGCCCUAGGACAUCACCACUGCCUUCACAUUCCAACAAGCUGACACCUAUAAAUCUGCUAUUAUCUGCUUUUUUGCUGCUUUUGCUAUGUGUUGCCUAAAAUUUCAGAACGACUCUAUCUGUUGUAUUGUUUUGUAGUGAGGACAGAUUUUUUUUUCCAAGUAGUCUAUAAUAAAAUUUUAUAUAA